AUGGCUAGAAAGAAAGUCACCCUUGCUUACAUCGAAGUCGACUCUGAGAGGAAAGCCUCAUUCCGAAAACGGAAGAGAGGCUUGAUGAACAAGGCCCGAGAAAUCGGGACGUUGUGUGACGUCCCGGUAUGCGUGAUAGUGUACGGCCCGUCGGAUGAGGAGGCAGAGGUGUACCCAUCACGUGCCGAGGCCCAAGUGGUUGUGGGCCGCUUCUACAGGCUGUCGGAGGCGGAGCGGACGAGGAAGAUGGUGAAUCAAGAAACGUUCACCCAGCAGCGCAUAGUGAAGGCACAGGCGCAGCUGAGCAGGCUCCACAGGGAAAAGAGGCGGCGGGAGCUGGAGAAGCACGUGUACAUGUGCAUGGAAGGGAGCGCGAGGAUUGAAGACGUGGAGGCGAGUGACGUGAACGAGAUGGGUUGGGUUAUAAACCAGGUCAUCAGGGACAUCACGUCCCGGAUGGAAAGGGUGAAAGGAAAGGGCAAGGAGGAGGAAAAGGAGGAAGAAGAAGAAAAGAAGGAUAGUGUGGAUAGAUAUAUGUUGAGCAUAGCGGACAGUCUGACGGAGCUCCAAGGGAUUGGGACUAGUCAAGCUGAGGUGAGGUGGGACUUGUCGGCUUUGCCGUAUCCGUACAUGUUCAACAAUGCGCAAGGAUCUGGAGGGCAAUGCUAG